AUGCCCGUACGAUUGAGCUUCAGACUGAGCUCGCGCGCUACGGCCAAGUGCGCCCGCGCCUACUCUAGCGAUGCCGGCCCCCUCAUCAAUGUCAUCAAUGUGCCCGCUCCAAACUCGGGCCACAUCAGGGUCUUGGAGCUGAACCGCCCGUCGGCGCGCAACGCCAUCUCCAGGGCGCUGCUCUCGUCGCUGAGGGCCGAGAUUGAUGAUGUGCAUUCGCAGUACACAAAGACUGGAGAGGAGAUCCCCAUGGAGGCCGGCGGGGCAGGGCCUACCAGAGCUCUGGUCCUCGCCAGCGCUGUCGACGCGAGCUUCUGCGCGGGCGCUGAUCUCAAGGAGCGCAGAGGCUUUACACAGGAGGAAACUGCGGUAUUCCUCUCCAACCUCCGUGGCACCUUUACAAAACUCUCCGAACUCCCCGUCCCGACCAUAUCUGCCAUAUCCUCCCUUGCCCUCGGCGGCGGACUCGAGCUCGCCCUCUCGACACACUUCCGCGUCCUCGCAUCGACAGCGACCGUCGGUCUCCCAGAAACGCGGUUGGGUAUAAUCCCCGGCGCAGGCGGCACCUACAGACUCCCAGCCCUGAUUGGCCUCGCCAGGGCACGCGACCUGAUCCUCACUGGCCGUCGCGUCUCAGCGCCAGAGGCCUACUUCCUCGGUAUUGCGGACCGGCUGGUAGAAGUCUUGCCCGAGGACGAACGGGAUGCCGUAGCCGAGGGAAGCCAGAAGAGCGACGAGGGCAUUGCGACGAGGGCCAGGAGAUCGGCGCUGUCCGAGGCUGUGCGCAUGGCCAUGGAAAUCUGCGAGGGCGGGCCCGUGGCCGUGAGGAGUGGGCUGCAGGCGGUCUCCUGGGCACGGGAGGAGAUGGAGAAUGCCAUGUACGAGCGUGUGGUCAAGACAGAGGACCGCAAUGAGGCACUGGACGCCUUUAAAGAAAAGAGGAAGCCAGUCUUCAAGGGUAGGUAG